GGGGACUGCGGGGCCGGGGCGGGGUUUGCGGGCACGGCCAUGGCCCGGCGGAGCAGCCGCGGCCCCGCGGAGCCGCCCGAUGCCCCCGUUCCAGUGGUGCCACGGGUGCUCCUGCAGCCUGGGGCUGAUUUAUCCCGGUAAACSCUGCACGAUGCCGCCCAUCACCUUCCAGGACCUGCCCCUCAACAUCUACAUGRUCAUUUUCGGCACCGGCAUCUUCAUCUUCGUGCUCAGCCUCAUUUUCUGCUGCUACUUCAUCAGCAAGCUGCGGCACCAGGCGCAGAGCGAGCGCUUCGGCUACAAGGAGGUGGUUUUGAAAGGCGAUGCCCGGAGGCUGAACGUGCACGGGGUGCCUGCUGAAGUGGCUGGAAGUGCGCUGCGUGUGCCCCAUGUGCAACAAACCCAUGGCGGGGCCGGGNCACAGAAAUUCGCGCGCGUGGGGCGGCUGCGGUGA